AAAUGAGGAAUACAUAAUGGACAAUACAUGCAUUGUUGGUGUUGGUGAUGAACCUCUUUACAGUACAGCACGUGUAUCCCCAAUCUCCUUGAAGUAUUAUGGAUUUUGUUUAAGGGAUGGUGAAUAUACUGUGAGACUUCACUUUGCUGAAUUACUUAGAUACAACAACUAUAAAACCCCAUAUCUCAACAAAUCAGGUCGAGUUUUUGACUUGGAUAUCCAGGGAAAGAAUGUGAACUUAAGGAUUUCAACAUAGAAAAGGAAGCAGAGGGUGUAAAUAAGGCUUACACUAAGGAAAUAGGAAAUGUUAUAGUUAACAAUAGUCGACUAGAGAUUCACUUAUAUUGGUCAGGGAAGGGUUCAAUGAUGUACCAAGGUCCACUUAUAUCUGCAAUUUCUGUAUAUCCUUCUAAAGACAGUGGUCUGUCUCCUCCAAAGAUGGCUGCAAUCUCAUUAUCUGUCUUAAUUCUUCUAGUAGUGUUCAUAGUUUAUUUCUGGAAAUUGGAAGACAAUUCACAUGAAGGAAUGGUUGAGUUGUAUCCUGGAGGACUUUACAACUUCCAAAAAGUAAAAGUUGCUGCCAAAAAUUUCAAGCACAAGCUUGGUAAGGGUGGUUUUGGAAUUUUCUAUGAGGCUACACUUGGCAAUGGAACGGUGGUUGCAGUUGAAAAGGUUUCAGCCACAAAAGAUAUAAUACGUGCAUUUCGAGAAAAGGAUUCUACCAUUUAUCUCAUGGAACAUCCCAACCUUGUAAAGUUGAUGGGAUGCAUUGCAGAAAAGAACCAACUGUUGCUUGUUUAUGAGGAUAUAGGCCAUAAUUCUCUUCAAAAUGCACUUUUUGGUUCAGACCGGUCGAGAUUAGAUUGGGCAAAAAGGCUCAACAUUUGCCUUGGCAUAGCAGAAGGUCUAGCUUUUCUUCAUGAGGGCAAGCAGAAACAUGUUCAUGGAAAUAUCAAACCAACCACCAUUUUUCUUGACAAACAUGACAAUGCUAAGAUAUCUGACUUCGGAUUUUCCAGGCUCCAUGACCAGGGAAAGUCACGGGAGGAAGGAACAGUGGUAUACAUGGCACCUGAAUACGCAAAAUAUGACCUCUUAACAACAAAGGCAGAUGUGUAUAGCUUUGGAGUUGUUGUACUUAUAGUUGUUAGUGGAAAGAAAGAAAAGAUUUCAAUGUCUAGCAGCGGGGCUGACACCGAAUACCUUCCAGAUCUCGCGGCGCGUGAAAAGCAGAGAGAAGGGCAUUUUAUGAAUCUAGUUGACAAAACCAUAUCUAACACAGUGGAUUGGAAUGAAGCAGAUACAAUGUUAGAACUAGCCUUGAUGUGCUUGGACCAGUACCCAGAUCAAAGACCAUCCAUGUCUCAAGUUGUGAAGGUUCUAAAGGAACAGCUUCCAUUGAAGGAUCUAAAGGAAAGUUUAAAGCAGCUUUCUUCUAUCAGAGAAACUCAACCACAUGGUGAGAUUUCCCAAAAUAAUUAAGUGAGCUUUCUGAAACGCACAAGUAAUGGUGUAAGUUGUUUGUCUCUCUCUUGCUAGUAUGUUUUGCUUUUGUGAAAUAGUUGUGAUAUAUGACAUGCAUGUACAAUGCUACUAUUUUAUAUUUUCCACUUUGUAAAUUGUA